AUGUCUCUCUCUCUCUCUCUGUGUCUGUGUGUGUCUGUGUGUCUGUGUGUGCAUGCAUGCACGUCUGCUGCAUGCAUGUGUGCGUGCUUUUUCUCCAUCUCUCCCUACUCUUGGAUGUCGAUGCUGUUGUUGUUGUUGUUGCUGCUGUUACUGCUACCGAGCUACCACCUCCCCUACCCUGCCCUACCACUCACCACUGCUACCACCAUCCCGUCCCUUCUUUCCUUUUCCCAUCUUCACUCCCCACAACACAUACUCUCUCCCUCUCUCCUCUCUUUUACCCCCCACCUCCAAUCCAAUCCCCCCUCUUCUUCUCUCCAUGUAGCACCGUCCCCCACGCCCAUUCUCCUCCCCUCUGUUGCUCAACCUGCUUCCAUUGAUCGUUGCUGCUGCUGCUGCCGCCGCCGACCUCGACCUUCCUCCUCUCCCCACCCACCCCCCGUUGGGCCCCGCUCUGCACCCUUCGUCUCGUCUCGUCCCGCAUCUCGUGCCCUGUCUCCAACUGCUUGCUUGCUUGCCUGCUUGCCUGCCUGCUGCCAUCGACUACGCCGUAACGUUACAACACCACCCCGGCCGCGCCCAAUGGUGGCCCUCAAGAUCGAUUCCAACCGCCGCAGUGUCCGAGAGGACCACGCCAACGGGUCCACCCUGGCUCGCAUGGUGCGCGAGUUUGAGGACUUGGUAACGGGAUUUGAGGCCACUCUGCUGCGUAACGCCCAGGACGACGCCAAGCCGAGCCCCAGGGAACACGUUCGUCACGAAGCCUGCCGUCUGGCCAUUGCCGAGUUGAGCAACAUUUACACACGCAAGCAGAUCCGUCGCUCCCUGAGCGCCGUCGAACUGCAGGGCAGGCACGAGGAGGAGCAGCUGCAUGCUGCUCCCGACCAAACCGACCCCGCCAUCGCCAAUGACCAAGAUGCCGACGACUUGGACCACCAGGACAACCUCCGCACCAUACACAAUGGCUAUUUCCGCCUCUACUCCACAGAGCUCUUCGAUAUGCUGGACCAGCCCACCGAUUUGCGCUUUGGCACCCUCCGCUUCCAUCACCACGACUUCCACCACCCCAACCCGGGCGGCGUAUCCGUCGAGCUGGCCCUCGGUUCCUCCUUCUUUGUCGCAGAUUCCCUCGAAACCUUGCCUUUCCACUCCUUCAAGAUGCCGCUUUCCCCCUCAUUACAGAACCGCGGCAUACUGAGCCGGAAACCCGAAGACAAUGGCGCUUUCCCUCCAUACGACUCGUGGCUUCUGUUCACAUUCCUCGGCAACGGCUGUCUGAAAUUAGAAGUCCCCAUUGAAAUGUGCGCCGAUGUCUAUGGCGGCCCCCUGCAAGGUCGCGAAAACGAAGAAGUCCAUUUCUGGGGCAUGUUCAUCGAGGACGACGCUUCAUAA